AUGCCCCCGCCCCCGACAGACCUCUCGGCCUACCUCCUCUCGGACCAGGAAUCCUCGCGCAUCUUUGCCUCGGACAUCCUCCCCGCCGAGCUACCGCCCGCAACGACGGCAUCUCCUCUUCCCCACCAGCACGAGUCGUCGUCGCCGCCCCUCGCCCUCCUAACCGUCGGCCAGACCGGCGCCGGCAAAAGCGUCCUCUCCCGGGCCCUGCUCCCCGCCCUGCGCCGUCGCCAUGCCCAUCUCGCCUCCGCUCCCGAUGCCGCGUCGUCGACGGCGCACCUCAUCGCCGACACCUUCAAGACACACCACCCGUCCUUUUCACACCUCAUGUCCACGGCGCCGCACCUCGCCUCCGCCGCCACCGGCCCCGACGCCCGCCGCUGGCUCGCCAUGGCCGUCCGCCACGUCGCCGCGCGCCGCCUCGACGUCCUCGUCGAGAGCGCAUGCCGCCACCCAGACGACUUUGCCCAGCUCGCCCUCGUCUUCCGCCGCGCCGGCUUCCGCGUCGAGGUGCUCGUCCUCGCCGUCCCCGCCGCCCUGAGCCGCCUCGGCAUCCUGCUGCGCUUCCACGCGCGCCUCCCCGAGGGCCAGUCUCGCGCCCUGCCUGUACGCCUUACCCCCGUUCGCGUCCACGACGAGUCGUAUGCCGGCCUGGUUGAUACCACCACCUUUCUGGACCAGUCGGCCGUCGCUGACCAGGUCCUCGUCGUCCGGCGGGGAAACUUGGUGGCGUACGGCGAAGAGAGAGGGCCAGAUGAGCGCAUGGCCGGGGGCGGGGGCGUGGCCGCGGCGCUGCUGAGGGAACGGGAGAGGCCUCUGACGCAGGACGAGGUCAAGAUUGCCCUGGAUGACCUUCAGAAGCUCAACCAGUUUGAGGAUGCUCUGGAGCAGGCCCAGCAGGUUCGGGCAAUGCUGCGGCCAUUGAUGGGCCACAAUCCUAGCACCUGCACACAUCUGCCUGAGCUGGUUCCUCUCAAGUUUGUCAGGCACGGUCAGGGCGGCAUCCAGGCAUACAAUGUCCUUCGCCUAGGACAACCUUGA